AUGCCAUCUUUAAACGAGUCUGAAAAGUCCAGGAACACCGCUAGUGAAUCAAAAACCGAAAAUGGCGAACAAACAGUCACGGUUUUCGAUUUGGCAACGGAAAUUGAACAAUCGUUGCAACAAGUGAUAGAAGACGUGAAGGGCAACGAUCGUGAGUUUCAAGAACAGUUUGAAUCCAUACAAAAGCGGUUAAAAAGUUUUGGAAAAUAA